CGGAUAUGCCUACAGAGGUGUGUGUGUGUGUGUGUGUGUGAGAGAGAGAGGCAGAGGUAGAGGUAGAGGUACUGAUUGGUCCGGCCCAUACAGAACUCACCAAUCGCGGCGCUGCUGGAACGGGGCGUUCGGAGCGUCGAUUUUGCGCGCUUGAUUAAGUGAUUUGAGGCGGAGCGCGCGGGACGGAACGGAUGGUGCCGCUCGAACGCGGAGAGCUGAGUGGUCUUCUGACGACAUGGGGAACUCUGAGGUCACGGCGCCGGUGGAUGCGGCGGAGGAGCAGAGCCAGAACGGCGCGCUGAACAGGUCAGCCAGCGGGAACGAGGAUCGCUUCAGGAGCCUGGAGGACAUCGACGUGUCCGCAGACGGCAGCCCGGCGCUCCGCUUCCUCAUCUCGGUCACCUACUCGGUGGUGUGCGCCGUGGGCCUGGUCGGCAACCUGCUGGUGCUGUUCUUCGUGCGCGCGCGCCAGGAUCGGAGGACGAACAAAAUCAACUUCUUCAUCCUGAACCUGGCCUUCACGGACUUCCAGUUCGUGCUGACGCUGCCCUUCUGGGCCGUGGACACGGCGCUGGACUUCAGCUGGCCGUUCGGCGAUGCCAUGUGCAAGAUCGUGCUCUCGGUCACGGUGAUGAACAUGUACGCGAGCGUCUUCUUCCUCACGGCCAUGAGCGUCACGCGCUACCGCUCGGUGGCCUCGGCGCUCACCGAGCGCUCCACGCCGAGCACAUGCUCUGCGCGCGGGGUUGGUGCGCUGCUCUGGGCGCUGGCCACCGUGGCCACUACGCCAACGUCCGUUUUCUCCACGGUGACCAACGUGGCCGGCGAGAAGCUCUGCCUUCUACGCUUUCCGGACGGACAGCACUGGCUGGCCGUGUACCACGUGCAGAAGAUCCUGGUGGCCUUUGUCGUGCCCAUGGCCAUCGUGUGCAUCAGCUACCUGCUGCUGCUGAGGCUCGUGCGCAGCCGCGGCAUGAGGAACAACACGAAGCGCAGGACACAGGUGACCAGGUCCGUGACGCUCGUGGUGCUGUCCUUCUUCCUCUGCUGGAUGCCCAACCACGCCGUCACGCUGUGGGGUGUGCUGGUCAAGUUCAACGCCGUGCGCUGGGACCGGACAUACUAUGUGGUGCACACGUACGUGUUCCCGCUCACCGUGUGCCUCGCGCACGCCAACAGCUGCCUCAACCCGGUCAUCUACUGCAUGACGCGCAGGGACUUCAGGAAGAAGCUGAAGGAGCUCUGGCUGCGGGACUGAGCGCCAGCGCGAGCGUUCAGCCGAGGGCGCGCGCGCCGAUCUUUGUCCCUUUGCGCGUUGAACAUGACCGGACUGAGUGCAUGAGAGGAAGCAGCGGAGCGUCCGAGUCACAGUCAUGAGAGACAGUGCUAAAAAAGUGAGGCCACUCUGUUCUACAAUGUGCAAUACAGUGAUUCUUUCCCUGAUCAAUGUGGCAGGAAUGUAUGGGGCAGUGCAAAAGUCAGAGACCGCUCUUCAUUUAUUUCACUAACAAAACAGUCGUUAUAGUACAUAUAUAGCACUUUUAGAAAUACAGGACAUAUAUUUAACAGAAAAUAACAGCAGUCUUACAACUGAAAUGAAUAUCAGAUUCCCACUGUAUUUGCCUGUAUUACAGCUUCCAGGACACCUGCUUUCACAUUUUCAAAGAGCGCUGAGGGAUAUUUUUACACUCCUCCAAAGUUUAGUAUUAGUUUGCUUUUGCUGCUUUUCAUCAUCAAUGUAAUCCCAGACACGUUCAGUGAUGGUGAAGUCUGUGCUCUGGGGUGGCCCGUUCAUUAUUCUGGGAACACCAGCAGCUUCUCGCUUUGAUUUUGCCAGUCCCAUAGUCGUCUCACGGUGUAAGGAUGGAGAGAAACAUCUGUGAAUUUUUCAGAUCUGAAGCAAGAGUGAAGCUUGAUCUCUCUCUCAAAGAUGAAAGCUUUAAGUGCUGUUUGUCUGAAGGGGGCAGUUGUCUGGUGGUCUACCAGGUUGUUAGGAGUUGUUUUGAAAUCUUUUAAUAAUGUUUUGAAUCCUAGAGCUUUAGAAACUUAAUGGCUGUCCUGACUGGAUAUUAAAUAAAUGAAAGGCGGUUCAUGUAUACAGACUGUCCAUCUGUGGCUAUGCACAAUUCGGCAGUCUGCCCUCUGCUGUGUCCAUUGAUGGAAUUCUCAGCACACUGACAUGGUUAUUGGGUGCUGUACUGGUACAAGUGUAUCAGACACAACAGCGUUAUUGAGGUUUUUAAACAUUUACACUUUAUUAAACACAUCUAUCAUGUAGCUCCUCUUUUCCCAUGAAUAAUUAACAAAUUAGUCAUCCUCUAGUCCUUUAGAUUCUCACCAUAAGACUAUUACUGGUGGAAUAUGUUUAUUUGGUUGACAGUUCUCAACGUAGCAGUGACACUGAGGCCUGUAAAACAUCAGAAACACAGCUGUGCCUGAUACACUUGCACCAGCGCAUCAGUGGUGGUCCCAUUGAUAAAUGAGGUAAAUGCUGAUAAAUACUGCAGCAAUAGAUGAAAUACAGACAGUAACGGUAAACCUACACAGUUCAUUUAUAUGGUGUGCAAAAAUGGUCAAUGACCGUAGGUACGAGGUAGAUGUAUGUAAUGAAUUGGCAACUCGAUAUGUAUGUAUGUAUGUAUGUAUGUAUUUAUUUAUUUAUUUAUUAAUUAAUCACAUCUACUUUGUACAUGCAGUCAUAAAGAGACUGAAGUGCAACAAUGUGGGCACACCUGAUCAAAAGACAUUGUUUUGUUGUAUUUCUAAAUGUAAAUAUGUUCUCUAUGGAGAACACACUUCUCUGCAAAUAUAAAUCAAUUAAUUAAUGCUAAAAAAAAGCAUACCUGUGCCCUGUGCAUUAUGCCAAUUUAAAAUAUAUUUGUUCCACUAUGUUAAACUUAAAAAAAAAUGAUUUAAAAAUAUUUUAGAAAUCAACAUUUACAGGAGUUUCUGUUCUCUGCAGAUAAUGUCUUAACUUAUUUUCACUUGGAAAAGCAACAAAACAUAAUUUGAUGGAGGGUUUUUUUUGCAUACGAGUAUAUAUUUAAACAGAACAUUCUGCAAAGUGGUCAGAGAAAUAGAUGUGAUACAUAUAAAUGACAGAGUUACUGGUUGGCACAGCUCAGUUCGCUAGGCACCAUUGUCCAUCGCUCCUGUCUGUGGCUUAUUGUGAAGUCUCUUACUACUGCUGCUGAACUGUACAACCGAAAAAGAUGCUAUUUAUCCUCACCUCACUGUCUAGUGUGAGAUACACCAGGCCUAACAGCCACUCAAGAUACCAUAGAUACAGUAACUCAAGCUUGUGUUGUCAAAACUGUGCAGUAACAGCUCAAAGCGGGGAAAAUGGCUGCACUGAAUGGCAAGCGCAUUCGUCUUGCAUCUAAUGUCAUGGUGUAGACAUUGAUGCAGCAAAGAGGGUCAUCCAGGACCAUAGAACAGCACAGGAGAAGGCACAUAUUGGACACACAUACAAACUAAACCUGGUUAUUGACUGAAUCAGGUGUGUGUGAGCGGUGAAGUUGUUCAACUUUGCUGAACUCCUGAAUCGUGGAAGGAAAUAUUGAAGUCUGCAUCAGACUGGUCGGAGGAGGAAUAUGUCUCUUUUUGUGUGCAUUUUUCCUUUUCUCUGAAGGGAAAACUAGCAUUUUGUGUCAUAUGAAAACCAUGUAACUCAAUUUUUUGUUAAAUUUUUUCCAUCAUUUUAAAAACUUGCUGCCCUUUACAUUAUCUGAACAUUUCACAAAUGGACCAGUAGUAAUAGUCCUAAACUGAAAUGUCACAUUAACAUAUGUUCUGUUUAAGGGUAAUCCCACAGAUUUAGCAAAAUUUCUGCAUAAUGCAAUUAUUGAGAGGUAAACAGAGUCAUUCAGAGUGGUUUGAUGUGAAAUGGUUCGUUAUACAGAGAAACUUACCAACGUGGUGAUAGGAACCAAGG